CGUGCCGUAAGGGAAGCGCGUGUGCACGCCCGUGCCCGUUCCGUCUGUCCACCUGUGACUUGCUGACCACCAUCGAGGAGCCAGAUAGGGAAUCUGAUAUGAGCUCCGAUGAGGACCGAUGUUCAUAUCGCGAUACGAACUGAAAGUCGAUGGCCUCUCAGCGAAGUACACCUUUCUCAGUACUCAGUAUUUCUCAGAUACAUGGAAUCGCAGCAUGUCAGGACUGGGUUGUGGCGGCAUCCGUACUGAGUAGGUCGGUAGGUACCAGCUCCCACUGGAUCCGUGGAAAUAUUGAUGUUGUGAGGAUGUGUUCCUUCCAUCAACGAAACAGGAAGGGCAGUCUGGGAAUCGGAAUCCGUCGGACGAGGGAUGCCCUCCCCAACUGUGCUUCUCGGAUUCGCCAUAUUCCGAUGAUACUGCAGUCUCCGCUGCGUACCUACUCUGGAUGCCUGCUGAGGUCCUUCGUUGUUUGUUUCAUCUGGAGAUGGUGGUGCUCCAUCAGGAUUCAGCGCAGACCAUGUCUCCAAGCUUCAAGGACCCGCGAUGCGAUCCAGCUGCAGACUGUCGGCAGGCGUUCCUUGCAGGAGAGCGACGAGCGAAGCCCAUGCCGCCUCUGGCCCGCAAUGUGGUGUGGAAUGCUUGGCCGCUCCGGGAAUGGCCAUUGGUCCGCUCUCACAACUUCCAGCUGCAACCAGCCGUCAAUCCCGUCGAUGCAUGAGUGGAUAUGUAUGCGUGUGAUUGGGGGCAUCCCUGUUCCCACUCACCCCUUUGCCACGUCUCAGCCCCGCACUGAGCCCCUCGUCGCUCACCACCUGGCUACACAACGCAGGAAACACUGGAAAGGUCAGCGAGCAUCUGCUCCGAACUCCUUACCAUGUACAGCUCGUCUGGCUCUCAACCAGCUCUGCCGACUCCGGAGCACUUUCACACUAUGUACUCGGUACUGAUGACCAGCAGCAAGACAUGGCGAGAUGUGGCAG